CUCUCUGCUACUUCACCUACUAUUUAACAUACACAGAGAUGCAGUGCUAGAGUACAACAAACCCAAAAGCUUCGCAUUGAAAUAGUUUUCACUAGCGUAUAUAAAAGAUUGUAUAUAUCUUUCAGUUUACAACAGACUAUAGACGAUCAAAGAAAAGAAACGUGGAACAAAAGCAUGGGAAUUACUACGGAAGAUGAAGGUUCUAGAAGGAUGAGGAAAAAGAAAGAACAUCCCAAGAAGAUGAAGACGAUUCUAAAGAAUCUAUGGAAUGUGGGAAAAGAAGAUACGAGGAGAUUGAAACAUGCUUUGAAAGUAGGAGUUUCAUUAACACUUGUGUCCUUACUGUAUCUCAUGGAACCUCUCUUCAAAGGUAUCGGGAAAAAUGCAAUUUGGGCAGUCAUGACCGUCGUUGUCGUUCUCGAGUUCUCUGCGGGUGCGACAUUACGCAAAGGAUUAAAUAGAGGCUUAGGGACACUAAUAGCAGGAUCUCUGGCAUAUCUUAUUGAGUUUGUUGCUAUUAAUUCCGGUAAAAUUUUCGGAGGUAUCUUCAUUGGCGCUGCUGUAUUCAUCAUCGCCUGUGUAAGUAAGUAUUUCGAGGAGAAGGAGAAAGACACAGAAGAUUCAGAUUAUGAAUCUGAUGAUGAAGACGUAAUCUACAAAGGGUAUAAGACUGUUUUGGAUUCUAAAUCCUCUGAUGAAGCACUAGCGAUGUAUGCAAGUUGGGAGCCAAGACACACACUGCGUUGCGAUAAAUUUCCAUCUCAACAAUACAUCAAAAUUGGCUCUGUUCUUCGCAAGUUUGGUCACACUGUUGUUGCUCUUCACGGUUGCUUACAAACCGAGAUUCAGGUCAACCAACGCAACAAAACGGCACCGUAUCGCAACCUCGUCUUAGCAGCGCCGUUUCGCUCUCUAGCUUUAUGGGUCACACGUCAGACCGGAGGUCAAUGAAUAAAACGGGUGUGGUUAGAGAGAAGAGGAGAUUUAGAAAACAGUUGAGUAAGGUUGCGGUUAUGAAAAGUUUGGAGUUUUCAGAGGCGUUACCGUUUGCUGCGUUUGCGUCGCUUCUGGUGGAGAUGGUGGGUAGGCUUGAUUCCGUGAUUGAUGAGGUGGAGGAGCUGGGAACUAUUGCCUGUUUCAAGGAGUAUGAUAAGACUGUUGAUCGAGUGGAUGUGGAAAGUACGUAUUAAGAAACCGGUGGAUCUACUGGUUGGAAAUUGAACCGACCGGUAUAGUUCGGCUUGCUUUGGUAAAGUUUUCUAUGUGAUUUAAUUCUCCUUUUAUGAUGAAUAAUGGAUAUUGAUUGAGUGUUUCUUAUAUUUUGGAAUUUCGCGAACACGAGUUUGUAAUUUGUGAGGCUUUACUUAUUCCAAAAAAAAAAACAUGUUUGCCUUUUCUGUUGUUAUUUAUGGCAAGUCGUAACUCAUGAAUUAACAACAAAAAAAUAGAGAAAAUAAAAAAAC